GUCUCAGAAACGGAAGUGUGGGUGGGUUUUACCGCACUCGGAGGCGGAAGCGGAAGUGUUUGUGACCGGCUAGUAGGAAGUGUUGCUUCCGGGAGUGGAGAUGGCUGCGCUGGCCCCGCUGCCGCCGCUGCCCGCGCAGUUUAAGAGCAUACAGCACCAUUUGAGAACGGCGCAGGAGCAUGACAAACGGGACCCCGUGGUGGCCUACUACUGUCGUUUAUAUGCUAUGCAAACUGGAAUGAAGAUCGAUAGUAAAACUCCUGAAUGUCGUAAAUUUUUAUCAAAGCUAAUGGAUCAGUUAGAAGCUCUUAAGAAACAGUUGGGAGAUAAUGAAGCUGUUACUCAAGAAAUAGUUGGUUGUGCCCAUUUGGAAAAUUAUGCCUUGAAAAUGUUCUUGUACGCAGACAAUGAAGAUCGGGCUGGACGGUUUCACAAAAACAUGAUCAAGUCCUUCUACACUGCCAGCCUUUUAAUAGAUGUCAUCACAGUGUUUGGUGAACUCACAGAUGAAAAUGUGAAACAUAGAAAGUACGCAAGGUGGAAGGCAACAUAUAUUCAUAACUGCUUAAAGAAUGGGGAGACUCCUCAAGCAGGCCCUGUUGGAAUAGAGGAAGAGAACGAUGUUGAAGAAAAUGAAGAUGUUGGUGCAACCUCUCUGCCCACCCAGCCACCUCAGCCAUCGUCAUCCUCAACAUAUGACCCAAGCAACUUGACAACAGGCAGCUACAGUGGGAUACAGAUUCCUCCAGGUGCACAUGCUCCAGCUAAUACCCCUGCAGAAGUGCCACACAGCACAGGUGUAACGAGUACUGCUGUCCAGCCUAGUCCACAGACUGUCUCAGCUGUGCCAGCCAUUGAUCCUGACCUGUACACAGCUUCCCAGGGGGAUGUCCGCCUGACCCCAGAGGACUUCGCUAGAGCUCAGAAGUACUGCAAAUAUGCUGGCAGCGCCUUGCAGUACGAAGAUGUGGGCACCGCUGUGCAGAACCUACAGAAGGCUCUCAGGCUGCUGACCACAGGCAGGGAGUGAGGCCUCUUCUCGGAACCGUGUGCUUUCCACCUAGAGAACUAACAAAGUCCAUUAUACUCUCCUCAGCCUUUCAGGAGCAUGGGUUUGCAGAAGACCUCACUUCCCCUGAGUAAGACAGUGACUCCUGUGUGUUUCAGAAGCAUUUAUGGGCUGCCUCGGCCACUUGUCAUUGAGUGUGUAGAGCUAUCAAACCCUGCUAUAAAAUGUCCUUGUAGAAAAUCAUGUUGGGUAUAAUAUGCUUUCUUAAUUUAUACACACUAAAGGAAGUUUUUGAAAAAUCUGUAAUAUUUGGACAAACAAACCAUAUUAUGUUGCUUUAAUAUUCUAAAUUAAACUUUUAAUAAAGGUUACCAGAAUAUUCUGGGUUAGA